AUGGCUAAAAUUGUGUUCAAAAUCAACGGGGAAUCGUAUGAAGCGGAUGGAAGAUUCAGUCCUGAUGUAUCCUUGAACGAGUACAUUCGGACUGUGGCAGAGCUGCGUGGCACAAAGGCGAUGUGUCACGAGGGCGGCUGCGGCGCCUGCAUUGUCACUGUACGCGCAGCACUACCUCCCACAAAUGAAAUCAAGACGUUUUCUGUUAAUUCUUGCUUGGUAUCCAUAUUAUCCUGCCACGGCUGGGAGAUAAUCACAGUUGAAGGGAUUGGAAGCAAGAUGACCAGCUACCACGACAUUCAAAGCAGAUUAGCAAAGUUUAAUGGUACACAGUGUGGAUACUGUACCCCUGGAUGGGUCAUGAACAUGUUCAGCAUUUAUGAAAGCAAAAAGAACAAUCUAACAAUGGAAGAAGUAGAAAAUUCGUUUGCAAGUAACAUCUGCAGAUGUACAGGAUACAGACCUAUUGCAGAUGCAUUCAAAACAUUCGCCAAUAAUGUUAGCGAAGAUCUAAUCAACAAACUAGUUGAUUUAGAAGAUUUAUCUACUGUAGAAUGUAAAGGAGAGAAAUGUAACAAGAGAUGUCCUAAGAAAAAUGACACUAAAACUGAUGAUGCCAAGAAAGAUGAAGACUGGUGUGUCAUCGAGAAAAGCAGCAACAAAAUGAUAGUUGUAGACUGUGGUAUGACUAAAUGGUACAAAACUUAUUUAUUGGAUGACGUCUUCAAAGUGAUUAAUAAGAGUAACAAUUAUAAACUAAUCGCCGGAAACACUGGACAAGGAGUCUACCACGUGACCGACUAUCCUCCAAUUUUGAUAGAUAUUUUUAACGUUGUGGAACUCAAGGGCCAUACAAUGGAUGUAAACCUGAUUAUUGGAGCAGGGAUGCCAUUGUCAGAGAUGAUGGAACUCUUUCUUCAAAUAUCGCGAACUAAUGAAGAUUUUAGUUAUUUGAAAGUUUUAUAUGAUCAUAUGGAUCUCGUUGCUCAUUUACCGGUUAGAAAUAUUGGCACAAUCGGUGGUAAUUUAUACUUGAAGUAUCUCAACAAUGAGUUUCAAUCUGAUUUAUUUUUACUUUUCGAAACUGUCGGAGCGAUGAUCACUAUCGCUGAAAGCGUAAGCGCCACGAAAGUGAUGACUUUCAAGAAUUUUUUGAAAGCUGAUAUGAAACGGAAAUUAAUUGUAAACGUAAUGUUGCCACCUCUGUCUACAAAUGCUAAGUUAAAAACGUAUAAGAUAAUGCCGCGGUCUCAGAACGCUCAUGCUGUAGUAAAUGCUGGAUUUUUAUUUAAAUUCAGAAGUAAUUCGAAAUUAUUGGAGAGUGCUACCGUAGUAUACGGCAGCAUAUCUCCAAAAUUUAUUCACGCUACAAAAACUGAAUCUUUGUUAGUCGGGAAAAAUCCUUUUAAAAAUGAAAUUUUGCAAUUAGCUCUCAAAACUUUAAGCAUGGAGAUAUUCCCUGAGGAAGCACCUCCAGAACCUUCAGCUGCCUAUAGGAAGAUGUUGGCUAUAGCUUUGUAUUAUAAGGCUAUUUUAUAUCUAUGCCCAGACGACAAAAUCGAUCCUAAACUAAAAUCAGGUGGUGAAGCUAUAAAAAGACACAUAUCUCAUGGGACACAAGUAUUCGAUACAGAUAAAAGUGUUUGGCCUCUGAAUCAACCAAUAUCAAAACUGGAAGGUUUAGUACAAUGUAGUGGCGAGGCCACAUUUGCUAAUGAUCUGCCGAAACAACCUAAUGAGGUGUUUGCAGCAUUCGUUACUGCUGAUGCCCGACCAGGAAGUGUCAUUAAUGACUUUGAUACAACUGAGGCUUUUAAAGUUCCAGGUGUCCUAGCCUUCUACACGGCCAAGGAUAUACCUGGAAAGAAUACAUUCACACCAACAAACUGUCUUAUAUUAACUGAAGAUGAAGAAGUCCUUUGCUCAAGUCAAAUAAAAUUCUAUGGAGACCCAGUAGGCAUUAUUGUUGCGGACAGAGAAAAAACAGCAAAUAAAGCUGCAAAACUUGUUAAAAUUAAAUACAAAUCUAUCAACAAAAGCAAACCUUUAAUAAAAAUCGAUGAUGUAUUAAAAUCUCCUGAGAAAAAUAAAAGAGUUACUAACAAUAAGAUCGUGGAACCAGAAGAAGUUGGAAAAGACGUGAAAUAUGUGAUCAACGGUGAAUAUAAGGUGGAGUCUCAAUACCAUUACUACAUGGAACCACAAACAUGCGUUGUUCGCCACACAGAAGAUGGACUAGAAGUCACAUCUUCAACUCAAUGGCUUGAUUUGACUAACGUCGCAAUUUCUCAGUUAUUAAAUAAACCAGCUAACAGCAUACAAGUGGUUGUAAGACGAGUAGGUGGAGGCUACGGUGGCAAAAUAACACGUUCAUGUCAAAUAGCCUGCGCAGCGGCCUUAGUUGCUCAUUUACAAGGAAAAACUUGCAGAUUCAUCCUACCUUUGGAAACUUCAAUGAGUGUUAUCGGGAAGCGACUGCCCACUAACUCAAACUUUGAGGUUGGAGUGGAUCAAAACGGCGUAAUUCAGUAUCUUAAAAACGUUUUCUAUCAAGACAAUGGGUGCUCUGCAAAUGAGACAAUCAGUCCGAUCACAGUGAAUCAUUUUUUCAACUGCUAUGACCGCAAGCGAUGGUACGUUGAAGGUAACAGUGUUGCUACAGACACCCCAUCGAAUACAUGGUGCAGAGCUCCAUCUUCAACCGAGGGUUUAGCAAUGAUCGAAUACAUAAUGGAAUACAUUGCUCACAAGACAGGCAAGGACUCAUUAGAAGUCAAAUUAGCCAACAUGGUAAAAGAAGAUAAUCCGAUACCAGACCUAUUAGACCAUUUAAAAAAGGAUUCAAAUUACAACGAAAGGCUGGAAGAAGUUAAACAAUUUAACAUGAACAAUCGUUGGAGGAAACGAGCCUUGAAGAUAAUGCCGAUGACUUAUGAUUUAUUUUAUAUUGGACCUUACAAUUCACUUGUAUCAGUGUAUCACGCUGAUGGGUCAGUUGUUAUAACUCAUGGUGGUGUUGAAAUGGGCCAAGGUAUGAACACUAAAGUUGUUCAAGUCUGUGCCUACACACUUGGUAUACCGAUAGAGAAGAUCAGCAUUAAACCAACUUCGAGUUUCACAUCACCUAAUGCUAUGGCAACUGGAGCUAGCGUUGGUAGUGAAUGCGUCUCGUUUGCUACUAUGAAAGCGUGUGAAACAUUAUUAGAAAGGCUUGCACCUAUAAAAGAAAAAAUGGAUAAGCCAUCGUGGGAGGAACUUAUACAAGAAGCUUAUGCAAAAGGAAUUGAUUUACAAGCUUCAUAUAUGUAUUCAAGUAAUGAUAAUUUAAAACCUUAUGAUAUUUAUGGAGUUUGUGCUCUUGAAGUAGAAGUAGAUAUUUUGACUGGCAAUCAUGAUGUUAGAAGAGUUGAUUUGCUAGAAGAUACUGGAAGGAGUUUAAAUCCAACUAUUGACGUUGCUCAGAUUGAAGGUGCUUUCGUGAUGGGUCUUGGUUACUGGACUUCAGAGAAACUGGUUUAUGAUCCUGAUAAUGGAAAACUGCUCACAGAUCGUACGUGGACGUACAAGCCUCCGGGAAUCAAGGAUAUACCGGCUGAUUUCAGGGUAUAUUUCCGAAGAAAUUCUAGAAAUCCAUACGGUGUGUUACAAUCCAAAGCCACUGGAGAACCAGCAUUUUGUCUUGCAUCAGUGUUAACUCACGCGUUGAGAGAAGCAGUAAGAGCAGCUCGUUUGGAAGCUGGACAUGAUGAUGAAUGGUUUGAUAUACCAAACCCGUGCACAGUGGAGAAUAUCUUCAUGAGUAUUGGACAUAAAAUAGAUCACUUUAUUCUAAAGUAA